AUGUCGAGUCAACCACUCCUUCAAACUGCGCCUGGAAAGCGCAUCGCUCUCCCCACACGCGUUGAACCCAAAGUCUUCUUCGCCAACGAGCGCACCUUUCUCUCCUGGCUCAACUUCACCGUCAUCCUCGGCGCUCUCGCAAUCGGCAUGUUGAAUUUUGGCGAUCGUCCCGCCUUCAUCUCCGCUUCCAUCUUCACAGUUAUCUCCAUGUUGACAAUGGGAUAUGCGUUGUAUACGUACCAUUGGCGUGCGAAGAGUAUUAGGUUGAGAGGACAAGGAGGAUUUGAUGAUCGGGUUGGUCCGACUGUGUUGGCUUUGGUCUUGUUGGUGGCAGUGGUGGUGAACUUUAUUUUGAGAAUUGUUUAUGGAAGGGAUUGA